AAUUAUCGGUACAAAAUGUGGUUUCUGAGUUAUUGCAGUCUAAUUUCACAGGAUAAACUACCUGAAGCUCGUGUUGUUUAUUGCUCAGCGACUGGAGCAUCUGAGCCGCGCAAUAUGGGUUAUAUGGUUCGACUUGGUCUUUGGGGAGAUGGGACUUCAUUUGCUGAUUUCCGUGAAUUUCUAGGUGCUCUUGACAGAGGGGGUGUUGGAGCUCUUGAAUUAGUUGCCAUGGACAUGAAAGCAAGGGGUAUGUACUUAUGUCGGACACUUAGCUAUGAGGGUGCAGAGUUUGAAGUUAUUGAAGCACCACUAGAAGAAAAAAUGAUGGUAUGGGACACAAUUGUUUACUUGUGCUAUUAUUUACCGAAGUUGUAAUUGUUUUACAGAAGAAAGUGGGUAAUUAUCUGGGCAAAUGUUGACUGGCUUCUGAAAAUAAUAAUCUGUAAAGUAUAACCUAACAGAAAGGGAAUUCCAUCAACUGGUUUCCACAGGCUGUCUGUAGUUGUGUGACAUGCAAUAAAGUAAUUAGCCUUUCCUUUUUCUGACAA